CAACAAAAAGAAAGAGCCAGAAUGAUGGCUCAAAUCAGCCAGGAAAAGAAAUCUGGUUGGGAAGAGACAGCAGGAGGUAGAGCCUGGAGCAGGGAGGUAAGGCCGACAGGGCUCCCGCUGGUCCUGCAGGAGGUAAAUCCCGUGUGGGGAUCCCACGGUUGUUGACUGCAGCUGGGAAAGGUACAUGGGACCUGUCGCAGACAGUGAAUGACUGGCUUCGGUGUUCCCCCAGCAGGCUGACUCAGAGGCUGCUGGGGGCUUCACAAAGCUGGAAGGGAUGGUUGUGGUGGGGGGCAGGCAUGGACAGGAGGAACCCCACCUGUUCACCUAAGAGCCCAGGAUACCCGCCACAGGGAUGGCCUCGGGGGCUGGGCAGGGGGCUCUGCAGUGGAGAGAUUGGGACGUAGCUGAGUUCCAGCUGAACCACACAGGUGAAAUGUGUAAACAGGGACUGCGGCAGGACCCCAGGCUGCACUGGCAGGGGGGCCCAGCACUGGGCCGCUCCUUCCUGCAUGGACCACAGCUGGACAACGGGCAGCUGCGUGUCCAGCGUGAUGGCAUCUAUAGGCUGCACAUCCAGGUGACACUAACCAACUGCUCCUCCUCGGUGAAGAACAUUGUGUCCCGCAGGGCCGUCCUGGCGGUGGGCAUCUGCUCCCCAGUGGCGCGCAGCGUUAGCCUGCUUCGUCUCAACUUCCACCUCAGCUGCACUGUCUCCUCCCAGCGCUUGACAUACCUGGCCCACGGGGACACCCUCUGCACCAACCUUACUCUUCCUCUGCUGCCAUCCCAAAAUUCUGAUGAGACUUUUUUGGGGGUUCAGUGGGUGCACCACUGAAUGCUCUACCUCCUCACUCAGAUUUUUGGGAGAGAUUGUUUUUUCCGUUCAUUGUUUAACACACUAUUAAAUAUGAUUUAUAAUAAAAUAUAUACUU